AUGGACUUUCUCAAACAUAUCCCAACUACUGUCUCGGAAGGUACUAUACUUGCAAGUUUUGACAUCACUAACCCCUAUACCAACAUACCUCAUACCUUGGGCCUGGAGGCAGUCAAACACUGGGUAAAGAGACACAGUAGAUGUAUAAAUGAACAUUUCAAAACAGACUUCAUUAUCAAAGCCACUCGUCUAGUACUAGAAGAAAACACCUUCAGAUUUGAUAAUAAAAUAUACCAACAGAAAAAGGGCCUGGCUAAGGGUACAAAAUUUGCCCCUUCAUAUGCCAACCUAGUCAUUGGUUACCUAGAAGGGAAUCUUUACAAGGAAGUAGGAAAAAUCUUUGAUCCCAACUUCAAGGAAGGCAACGUGAAACUGUACCUCGAUGACUAUUUCAUUUUUUGGGAUGGAUCAAAAGAAGACCUACCAACAUUUCACAACAUCCUCAACACACUGCACCCAUCUAUCAAACUCACAACAGAAAAAGCUACAAUGAACUACCAUUCCUAG